GCCCAAUCGGGCGCAGGCUAUUAUAAGCGACUGGUUCUACUGGACACCCGUGGGCCAGAGAGACAAGCAAUGGCUAUGUGAAUGGACGGUGGACACAAAGGGAGGAGAAAGGCCGCUGUUACCUAACUAAACCUGGAAAAAAACUGCUGCCAGUCGAGCAGAAGGAUUAGCUUCCUCCAACGUGCUGUAAGGGGACCAAGAAUAACAAGGAUUACAGAAAAUGGCACUCCCGUCAGUGAUGAUAUUGCCCCUGCUGAUUGUUGUGGCGGCAGGGGUGUAUUACAUCUACAAUGAGGUCAUGCAUUACAUGGCCAAGUCCCUGGUGCGAAACAAGGUGGUGGUCAUCACUGAUGCUGUGUCCGGUGUGGGAAAUGAGUGUGCUCAUCUCUUCCAUAAGGGCGGAGCGAGGCUCAUCCUGUGUGGGACUAACUGGGAUAAGCUGGAGUCUUUGUAUGACUCUUUAACAAAUGAUGCAGACCCAAGUGAGACAUUUGCCCCCAAACUGAUAAUCCUGGACUUCAGUGACAUGGAAAGCAUGGAGGAUGUGGUGGCAGAGGUGGUGGACUGUUACGGUUGUGUGGAUGUGUUAAUUUGUAACAGCAGCAUGAAGCUCAAGGCUCCAGUGCAGAGUGUCUCUCUGGAACUGGACAAAAACAUCAUGGACGCCAACUACUUUGGUCCGACCACAUUGACAAAAGGGAUUCUUCCAACGAUGAUUCCGAGGAGAUCAGGGCAAAUUAUUCUGGUCAACAGCAUCCAAGGCAGACUGGCUGUGCCUUUCAGAAGUUCAUAUGCAGCCUCCAAACAUGCAGCACAGGCCUUCUUCGACUGCCUCCGGGCAGAGGUGGAGGAGUACGGGAUCACCGUGAGCACCAUCAGUCACACUUUCAUCGACGCAGCAGCUCUGCAGGCUCCUGAGUCGCCCUCCCCCAAACCAAACAGCUUUGCUGCAUUCGUUGCCGGCCAGCUGACUCAUGGGGUGCGUCCGUCCGUCCUGGCCAAUGAGAUUAUGCGAACAGUGAACAGGAAGAGGAAGGAGGUUGUGCUGGCCCACCCCAUCCCCAGGGUGGCCCUCUACCUCCGAUCCCUCCUACCCUCUUUCCUCUUUGCUGUGCUGGCUGCUGGAGUCAAGGACUCUGUUGUGGCCGAGCAGAUGCAGUAGGAGAGACGCUGAAGAAAAGGACUAAAAGAAAGAUGCGGGCGUAGAUUUUAAGACACUGUAUGUGCAAAAAUUGGAACAAUUUUAGUUGGGUAUGACGAUUGGUUGGAUAGAGAAGACAUGAUGAAAUAUUUCUCAUUAACCACAAUUAAUUAAUAUAUUAUCAAUGUAUCGCCCUGUUAGUCGGGUAUGAUUAUCAGUUGGAUAAAAGAGACAUGAUGGCUUGGAUUGACACUUUUUUACAAUUAUUUGUAUUAUAAUAUGAUGAUUGCUAUACAUCAAUUAAUCACAAUUAUUACAUAGUACCAUUAUUGUCAAGUUAUGGGUAUGGUAUCCCCCCCAUCCCUUUUUGUUUUAGAGAAAAGUUAAUUUUCCAGAUUAAUGCAAGUUGCCAUUUUAAAGCAACAAUACAUUUUGCUACAGUCCUUAAUCAAUAACAAACAUUAUGAUCCCCCAACAGAAAAAAAAGACAGAAAUGUAACGGAAAUAAAUAAAUAAGUAUUGAUCUUU